AUGGCGUCCGCGCUGUUUUCAUUCAUCGACUCCAUUGGCGAGACCUUCGAAGGAGUCGUCGAAAAUGUGGAGACCGUUGUCGGGAACGUUGAGAAGGAGGUGGAUUCAGCCGUGCAGCAGAUUGAUGCGGGAGUGGACCUGGAUGAUGUCCUGGAGGAGAUCGAGUUGGCUGGCACUGAUGAGACUGCAUUCUUGGCUGCCUGCAAGCGGCUGGAAGGACUUGCUCAGAGUCAGACCGCGACCAUCCUCCACGGAUGGGUUGUGGAGGAUAGGGUGGUGCCAGUUGUGUGUGCAGCCCUUUGUCGAGUUGAGUCUGCAAAGCUUGCGGCGGGACCCUUGGCAAGGACUUUGAAUGGCAUGGGUCAAGCCUUAGAUUCUACAGGCACAACUCCAGAGGAGUUGCGUGCCUUUCACGAGCAGAUUGUGCGUCGCACAGAGAAUGGCAAGGCCAUGAUGAAGCUGCUGCAGGCGCAAGGUGUAGCCUCUAGAACGCAAGGUUUAGCUUUGUUGCGGCGCGUGUAUCCUGAGACCAGCUCGGUCCUGGGGCGUCAUUUGCUGAGUGACCCCGAAUCAAUUUCAGCGCUGAUGCAGAUUCUACAGGAUGCCAAGAACAAUACGACCGAAGUUGAAGAGGUGGCGUUGUGUGCUGAAUGCGUACAGUUUCUGCGUCUGGUGACAGCGAAGGACAGUGACGUGCGCAUGAUCGUUACUUUCCAAGAUGGUGUUGAGGCGUUGCUGGCGAUCGCUGCUCAUGCGCUCAGCGCUGGAAGUUCGGCUGGUCCGGCAUCGGUCACUUUUCUGAGCUUGGCUACUGAUGCUUGUGUGUGUGUUCUACAGCUUGUUGGACAAGGCCCAGUCGCACAAAAGUACAUGCGGGAGGCAGGGCAUUUGCUUGCCUUGAUCCGCAGUCUUCGCGCUGUCGUGAUGGCGGCAGGCCUCACAGAGGCAGGCGGUGCAAGUUGGGCUUUGGGCGUGCGAAAUGUGGCGACUGUGUUGCUGGAGGCUGUGGGCUCUUUCGUUUCGACUGCUGGGAUUGAGGCAGAACAGAACUCCAAAGCCCUAGUCCAAUCUACUGGAUUUGUGGAGUUGGUUUGCGAGGUGUUACAAUAUCACUUUGAUCCUUUGCGGUUGCAAGCCGUUCAGAUUCUUACUGGCGCUGUGCGGGCUGCUCCAGAACCAUCACUAGGCUUUUUCAAUGCCAACAUACAGGGCGGAUCCAUGCUGGACUUCUUUGUGGCAACAGUUCUGGGCAAGAUGUCAACACCUUUGGAAGUGCGAGCUGCCAUUGAGGUCUUGCUGGCUGCUGGCCUUGAACGAAGCGCAGAUGUUCGCAAGGCCUUGGUCUCGGCACUGGAGGCUGCACAACUCGAGGAGAGUCCUGGAGCAUCUGGCGCAGGCAUGUUUCUCCUGGCUUUCCGCAUGGCUGAUCAGAGGAUUCAGGGAGCUACGCAAAAUGCAUGUGGAUCUUUGGAUGCGAACACCUGGUUUGCGGCAAGGUUGCUUGGCCAGUGCAUCCGUAGUGAUGUGGAGCUGCGGCAGCAACUGACCAGGCAGCUAGUUGGAACGAGACCCAAGUCAAGCAUACCUUUGGACUAUUAG